UUUUAUAUCAAGGGUGCUGAGGAAGCUAGUGUAACCUCCAAUGCUGGUGCUGAGCAAAACAACCCAAAACUUAGAGAAUUUUCUAUUCCCUUGCAGGUAAGAGCUAUUAGUUAUCAACUAUAAUUUACCCUCUGACUGUUGUGGGUUAUUUUAAGCCUGGAAAGCUCAGGUUUUAUUGCACCCCACUACCAUCUGGGAGAUUGAGGAUUCAAGCCCUAAACUGGACCAACACUCAGUGUCUUAAAAAAUUGCUGUUGAGAAUGUGUUGCCUUUGCUACAAAAUCUGCAAAUGAUUAUAUGUUGUAGUUUCCUCUGAUAAGGAUGAUGAAGCGUAGGCCUUUUCUCCUGCAUCUUCUCUGUACUAGUUAGCAGGGAAGGUUAAAGUUGUUGUGGUCUGGCUUUAAUUCCCAAACUGGGAGCAUCUGCAAAAUAUUCCCUUUAAAAAUUGCAUCUCACAAAGUUUUGUAAAGUUUCAAGAGCUUAAAAGAUGGUGUCAAAGAAAUCCUUCUUUGCUAUCAAAAUAAUUUUAAAAAUACAGUCAAACUCCCUUUGCUACUACCUCUCAUUAGCAACCUCUUUUUCAAAAUACUAAAAGUUUCGCUUGCCAGGAAAAACCAAAAGUUGUUUCAACAGAUGUCUUAAAAGUGGAGCUCCUGGAAGUGUUUCCUGAAAUGCAAAACAAUUACCAUAGAUCCUAAAUUUUUUUCCUUGAUUAUGCCACCAAAAGUCAUCACAAUAGGUUUUAAAUAAGCGCUUGCAAAAGGGUCCUGUCACCAUAUGCAAAUUACCACAAAAGUGGACUACCUUUAACCUGACCUCUGAUAAGUGAACACCUAGACUUCCUAGGUUCAACUGUAUGAGAAUAUUGUAAGUUGGUUUUAUACUCUGUGAUUGGCCUGGAAUGUUUGUGCUACCCUCAAUUGCAGUUUUAUUUUACACAUUUAAGACAGUUUUAGUAGUCUCUUUGUUUUUAAAUUUAGUCUCCAUUUGCGCCUUUUGAUGUUUUCAUUUGUUCUUAUUUUAAAUCCUAAUUAAACAUUUAGAGAAGUUUCAUCUUGCAAUUUCAGAAACUACGGGUUUCCACAAAUUGUAUCAACAAAAGGCCUGAACUAGAGGAAGAUGAGUACAUUUGUAAGUUGUUUUCUUCUUUGGCAUCUAUUGUUCAAGAAACAGAAGGGAAAAAGAUUCAGGGGUACUCUUAGCCACUUAAUUGCUAAAAUUUUGACUAUGAUAGUGAUACAUUGGUAUUGAUGAAAAAGAAUCGCACAGAAAUAGUUCCAUGCUCUCCCUUCAGUCUCUAUGUAGAAUCUGGGAUAGUUGUGCAUGAAUUUGUCCACUUCUCAAACAUUUUAACUGACAUAGUUUUGUGGUUUUUGUAGUUUGUAAUCACUGUGAUAAACUGCGUGUUGGUGACUGUCCAGUUCAUGGAGGCCUCAGAUGGAUAAAGGAACCAACAGCUGUUAUAGAAAGGGAUGGGUUGACUAGGGCAAGGUCAACCAUUCCAAGUAGCAUGGAUUUGAAGAUUUCGAGUAUUCCUGGUGAGUUAUUUUUUCCAGCUGUUAUCUUUCAUCUGUUAAAAAAAAACUGAAAUGAUGAAAGCUACAGGGCAUGUCUAUGAAUUUAAAAAAAGGUUUGGUAAUGUUAGGAAAGGUUUGUGUACAAACUGUGUUAUUGGCAUGCCAAAUUUUGAACUAUAUUGAUUGAUUCUUUUUAAGUCAAUUAGUAGUUUGUAGUGUUUGUGUUUUCCUUUGGUAGAAUGAUUUUGUAUGCUGGUAAUUGCACAAUUUUUGUUCACCCAGCCUACUCACAACAAAAGGACAUUUUUUAUUACCUUCCCUUUCACUAAAGUUUUUUUAUGAUCUUGGAAUACCUGUAGAGCAGUGUGAACCUUUAGGACAUAAAAAUGGUUCACUUAAGCUGCAGAAUGCGCAACACGAUGACAGUGAUAGAUACCAAAAGAGGAAGAAAAGUAAAUUCAUUCAAUCAUUAAAUCAACAGCUAGGAAGAGUUGUUUCAACAGCAUCUUAUAGCCAACCAUAUUAGCUAUGCCAUAGUCAUAGCAAGUCAGCAUGGUACAGCUAACCUAUGCAAAACUGGUAUUCUCUUAUAAGGCCAAAAGAACUUUUCAUGGCUGCCAACUUGAUUUCUUGACAGAAACAGGAUAGCCACGUUUAUCGAAAAACUGGCACAGUACCUCUGAUUUUUCGGAAAAAUCAGAGUCAUCACUACAUAAACGACGAAGUCUGAGAAACUGUAAAAAAGGUAUGGAGUUUUUGACGUGUGAUGGAAGUGAAGAUGAAUACAACAAGUAACUAUGUGAAUCUGUAAUAUUCUUACUACAAACUUACAGAUUCACAUAGUCACUUAUUGUAUUCAUCUUCACAUCCAUCACACGUCAAGAACUCCAUACCUUUUUCACAGUUUCUCAGACUUCGUCGUUUAUGUAGUGAUGACUCUGAUUUUUCCGAAAAAUCAGAGGUAAUGUGCCAGUUUUUCGAUAAACGUGGCUAUCCUGUUUCUGUCGUUCAAGCGGGCUACCACCGUGCCCAACAAAACGAAACGAAACGUCAGCUUUUUUACCCUUUACGGUGGCUAAUUUACGUUUUCAACCCAGUUGUUAACACUAAAUUACCUGCGAAAAGGAAAACACUGACCGCAUUCCAUUUACUCUUACAUUUCACCCUCACAACCACGCAGUUAAAUCUAUCAUUCUUAAAAAUUUUAAAUUACUCCAAAACGAUUCGGAGACUGGCACUAUCUUUUCGCAACCCCCACUUAUUUCAUUCAAACGUGACAAAAACAUAGGCAACUUUUUAGGCAGGAGAUCAUUUCAAACCAAUGACCAAUCUGGAACUUUUAAAUGCACUCGCUCACGAUGCAAAACUUGUCCUUUCAUUCAUAACGUAGAGAAAAUAUCGGGACCCAAAAGAUCCAUUAAGAUCAUUGAUCACUUUACGUGUACCUCCGCCAAUGUUAUUUACUGCAUAACUGGCACUUAUUGCAAUAAGUUAUACAUCGGCGAAACAGGAAGACGACUGGGUGACCGAUUCCGAGAACACCUUCGCGAUGUGGAAAGAAAUGACAAGGACGCAUCUAAACCAGUCGCUAGACACUUUAAUCUUCGUAAUCAUUCUAAACAGCAUAUGGCAGUUUGCGGCCUUUCCUUACAUCUAGGCAGUUCGGAAAGCCGUAAAACACUAGAACAAAAAUUUAUAUUCCAAAUCGGCACCCUUAAUCCCCACGGAAUCAACGAGCGCUUUUCAUUCAACUAAUUUAUUCCUGUUUUCUCGUCACCCUAUUCCCAUCAAUGGCGUAGCUCCACUUUCUGCAUAUAAACCCACACACAACCCACAAUUCCUCUAAUCGCUCUGACGAAGGGCUAACGCUCGAAACGUCAGCUUUUUUUACCCUUUACGGUGGCUAAUUUACGUUUUCAACCCAGUUGUUAACACUAAAUUACCUGAAAUUAUUUUGUAGUGCCCUCCACCGACUCAUUAUCAACUAUUAUCAACUCAGCUGAUAAAACCAACUUACAUGUCUCUUGCACUACCCCUUAAAGACACAGGACCACAGUCUCUAGAACAUUACCACCUUUUCCCCUUUAUUAACUUUAUCUCUGAUUUCUGUGUUUUUAGAUGCUGGUCUGGGGAUGUUUGCCAAAGAAAGAUACGAAGCAGAUGUUGUGUUCGGCCCCUACUGGGGUGAUAAGAUUGAUGUGGCAGAUUUAACACCAAACAGCGAUCAGAGCUAUAUGUGGGAUGUAAGCAAUUUGAAAUGUUGAAGUAUUGCCUUAUUCACAGCAUCCACACUCUUGCCCCUGACAAAAAUAAAUUGCUUGCAACUUUGGUUGUUGCCUUUAAUGACGAUGAAACAGGGAAUAAGGGCAUUGCAAGGAACGAUGUCGUGACAAAACUAGCAUAGUAAUUGUGCAAAACAACUCCACUGAAAAAAUCUCAGGGUUACGCUAUCACCCAAGAAGGGUCUGAGAGUUGAUACGAUGGCUUUAUAUGAGUAAGUGAGUUAGGUUAGUAAAGAAAUUGAAAUCAUCUUGUGAAGCGUCCUUGAACAGCUCGUAUGCGCCUGCAUUUCACUUGCAUGAAAUUUGACAUGCAUUAGGAGUACUCAGUAUGUCACCUGGGUUGUGUUCUUGAGUUAGUUUGUGUCGCACUCUCUAACUAAAUUUUAUCCUUUCUACUUAACCAUAACUGUUUUCGUUAUUUUCAGAUAAUUGAAAAUGGACGUGUCACUCAUGUUGUUGAUGCUCGCGCUGAAGAACACAGUAACUGGCUACGCUUUGUCAAUUGUGCUCGUAAUGAAGAUGAGCAGAAUCUUGUAGCCUUCCAGUUCCGGGGUGAAAUCUAUUAUCGUUCUUUCAAGACAAUAGAACCAGGAAUGGAGCUCUUGGUGUGGUAUGGAGACAAGUAUGCAUGUGAUUUGGCCAUCUUAAACAAAGAUACCACAAGAAAAAUGGAAGGCAAGUGCCCUGUUCUUUUACAGAACAUGACUAAUAUUUUUCGCAACGUGAUUUUAAUGAUUACUUCUUUUCUUACAGAUGGACCAAUACAGUGCCAAAAGUGUUUCAUGGUGUGUUCUGGGCCUGUUUCCUUUGCCAAUCACAACAAAUUCCGUUGCCAACUGAACAACGAUCACCACCGCUGGCGGUGCAUACACUGCGACAGAAGUUUUAAAGAUCAAAAAAGUCUUCAUUUUCACAAGUACAUCCAUAAAGGGGUGAAGCCGUUCACAUGUGGAGUUUGUGAUAGGGUGUUCGCAUUUAAAUCAUCGAAAAAUAGGCAUCAAAAACAGAUGCACCCAGCAGUUACACUAGACUGCCGUUGCACCUUGUGUUCCAAUGUGUUCGACGAUAAAAACAAGCUCUGGCAGCACGAAAGGACAUUUCACGCAGUGAAACGUUUGUCUAAUGGCACCUUUGAGUGUUUGAAGUGCCAGAAGCGUUUUACCCAAUGGGUUAAUCUUCUGAGGCACAGGAAACAGACGGUGCACUCCAAUUCUAAAGAAUUUAUUUGUAAAACAUGUGGUAAGGCUUUCAAGAAGGAGGGAAAUUUGGUUAGACAUGAAGCUCUGCACAAACCUUUAGGACCCUGCACAUGUUCCGAAUGCGGAAAAAAUUUCUUGUUUAGCCAUGACUUACGGAAGCAUGUACUUCAUAAUCAUGCCAAGAUGGACCCGAAAAAAGCUGUUGAUGGAUGUAAGUCUGACAAAGAUGUAAAUAUCACGAAAGGUUCCUCUGAAAAGCGCCAUGCUAGGGAUACAUUCCAUUGUCACAUUUGUAAGACGAAGUUUCUCUAUACCUUCACCUACUCGAAACACAUGCGGGAAAAGCAUCCUUCGUUUAAGGUUGCUAGGUGCGGUAUAUGUUCAAAGGUUUGUAAUGAUAAACGUCGCUUGGCCUUACACAUGGCCACCAGACAUCGAAAAUUGAAGAACAGUGCCAAAUUACACCCGAACGUUUCCGAGAAUAAAGGAAAAGCAUCAAAUGGGAUGCAUCAGUGCGAUAUUUGCUUGAAAGAGUUCGUGUCGCUCGAGUCGUUGAAAGCACAUAGGGGUCAUCAUAACCGGCAAAAGGUUUUAGACAAUCAGAAGUCUGGUAGAAGGAAAGUUCUUGCAAGUCCGUUGUUGAAUGAAAAUUCUUCUCCCAAGCUUGGUCAAAGUGCAACCUUCAGCUGUAAAAUCUGUAACAAGUCAUUUGAAACUUCGACUUCUUUGCGUUCCCACUCUGCUCACCACAGCCGCAGUCCUUCUCAGAGUGGAGAUAAGUCUUUUAGUGAGCUACUCUCAAGCUCUUCGUCGGAAGAAAAGCCCUCCCUAAGAAGUGCUGCAAGCUCAGCUUUUAUUUGUAGAAUCUGCAACAAGUCAUUUAAAUCUGUGAAUGCCUUAGGUAGCCAUACCGGCCACCACAGCCGCAGCCCAUCUCAGAAGAGUUUGAAGUCAUCAAUUGUAAAACAAAGAAAAUCGCGUGGUGCAUUUCCCUCGACUUCCUCGUCGCAAGUUCGGCAGAAGAAUCCUCAGCCCAGCAGAGAUUUAUCUGGCUCUCAGUUCGUGCCAGGUUCAAAGGAAAGUGUAUCAUCAGUGAGCCCCCCGAAGCAGUUUAGCUGUGAAGUGUGUGGAAAAGGAUUUCAUUCGAAGAAAAUUCUGGGUCAUCAUAGAGGACACCACUUCCGAAAGAACAACAACGAAAGUUCUCCAUCCAAUCUUUCCUCAAAUGAAAUCAUAGCAGUUGCUGAAACCAAUAUACAGAAGGAACAUGAACGCGACGCAUGCAUCCAGUCAUUUGAAUCCAGCAACUCCCCGUCUCCACGCAAGGGGGAACACACCAGAAUGACGAAUGUUUGCGUGUGCUUACUUUGUCAAAGAGAGUUUUCGUCGAAGUUGGCUCUGGUGCGUCACAAAUUACGUUCCCAUCGGAUCGGUCCAUAUCAAUGCAAGCUUUGUGGCGAAAGUUUCCGAACUUGUAUGGGUCUAAGUCGUCAUGUAUUAUAUAAACACGGAAGCCGUUCUACUUUUCAGUCGAAGAGUAAUACAAUCGGCUCUUCAAAAUUCAAAUGCCUUAGUUGUACAAAGCACUUCUCGACGUACAGUGGACUCUUCAAACACAUGCGGAAGUUACACGUUGACUUCAGUUUCUGUGCCCAAAGCAGUAAGAGUGAAUUGAAGGCUACGAGUGAUACCUGGAGGUGUCAGCUCUGCAGCAGAGAGUACCUAAGUGUCAGUGGCUUGCGUAAACAUCUGAAGAACAAGCACCCGAAGCAGAAGUAUGAUCCUAAUCAAGGAUGUAAGCCAGCGAGAAAAGAUGAGUUUAAAACCACCACUGUUAAGGGAAAAAAACAGUGUCGUAGUUGCAAAGUUAGAUUCUGUCCAGCUCAAAGUGCCAACCGAUCGUAUUGUAUGCGUUGCAGUAGAAAAUUGCAAAGGAAAGGUGAAGCCAUCAGUCCACAAUCUAGGCAAUCACCUGUUAACAGUAAUAUUCAGAAGAACGUGCAGUCCAUUGGACGGAAAAGAAAUAUAAAUCAUUUAUCGAUGCCAUCCAAAAAGAGAACAGUGAGGGCUUUCCAUUGCUUCUACUGUCAGGAGGGUUGUUCAACAAUCAACAGUCUCUACAAACAUUUGAUGGUUGUUCACCGAGAUGACUUUGGAUCGAAUCCCACUGGUUUCCGUAAACCCCUAGAUAACCAGACAAGAAACGAAGCCCAGAACCACACUAGAAAUCAAAACUUGCAGACCAAAACUUGUCUUUGGAGUUGCCAGUACUGCAGUAAAGAACUUCAGACUGAGAGUGGUUUAAGGAGACAUGUCAAGAACAAACACGGAAAAAAGGUACGUGUUCCUGACCAAAGAAUUAAGCCAGAUAAGAUCAACUGCUAUGAAUCAAGUGAUAGCAACGUGGCUGAGUCAACACACGUUUGUCGACUUUGUAACAUUAACUACUCUACAAACAAAAGUCUUCAUUGCAUAAGUUGUAAUGAAGAAUUGCUGAGCCAAAUGAGCGCCAGUACGGAAAUGAAAGAGAGAAGAGAUCGUCCACAUCGUUCAACGACUCUUUCAACCGGGAAUGCUGUAAGGGCAUUUAAGUGCUUGUACUGCCGUAAAGGUUUCUCUACAAUUAACAGCUUCUACAAGCAUAUGGUGAUUGCACACCAAAAUGGCUUUUCAUCGAAAAGCCACACUUCCAAGAAACCCCUAUGUAGCCAAAUUUCAAGUGAUUCCAACAACAAUUCUAUUCAGCGCGUAUCGACAAAUUUUGCUCCUUGGAAAUGUGAGGACUGUGGUAAAAAAUUCCGGAGUGCCACUGGUUUUACCAGGCAUGUCGAUACUAAACACAGUAGGAAAAGGAGGUCCAGUCGGGGCCGCGUGUGUAAGUUGGAAGGA